CAGACAAAGAUGAUUUUAAUUUCCGGUUGACUGCAGUUUAUUUUAUUCAAACUGAGACGAAUUGAACAAUGGAAAAACAAUAGAAAAACGUACAAAAAAAAUAGCAAACGCCUUUUUGAUAAACUUUAAUAAUUAAAUUAUAUAUAUGUCCCAGUAUACAGGUGUAAUAUGCCAGUAUUGAAGAGGUUAAUAACAUACAUAGUUAUGCCAGUCACUAUCAUCGUUAUCUUAUAUGCAAAAAGAUAAUAUAUGAUCCUUCCAUAUCGUUUGUACCUAUUAAGUGUACAAAUUGCGUUUUAUAAUGACAAGUAAAGGUUCAACCGAUAUUUUGCAUUCCGUAGAAAACGGAAUUCUAAAAAUCGUAUUAAAUCGGCCACACAAGAAAAACUCUAUAAAUGUUUCUAUGUAUAAAACAUUAUCACAACUCUUACAUGGAUCUAUUCAAGAUAAUGACAUACAUACAGUUGUUUUAACUGGAAGUAAAAACUUUUUUAGUAGUGGAAAUGAUUUUCUAUCAUUUAUACGGGAUAAAGAGGGUAACUCUAUGGACAUGGAAAGUGCACUCCCUAUUUAUAAGAAGUAUGUGGAAGAUUUAAUUACAUACCCUAAACUUUUAAUAGCUAUUGUAAACGGUCCUGCAAUUGGAAUUGCAGUAACUACAUUACCAUUAUUUGAUAUGGUAUAUGCUUCAGAUAAAGCAUAUUUUUACACACCAUUCACUAAAUUAGGUAUUGUUGCAGAAGGAUGUUCUACAUACACAUUCCCAAAAAUAUUGAAACACUCUAAGGCUGGUGAUAUGUUGUAUUUAGGAUAUAAGAUGAAUGCUUUUGAAGCUAAAGAAUAUGGUUUAGUUAGUCAUGUAUAUAAACAUGAACACUUGAAUGAUGUUUGGACAUACUUGAAAAAAAUAUCUGCACUUUCAAUAGAGUCAAUAUUUGCCAUUAAACGUCUAGUUAAAAAAUGGGAUGAGAAAGUCUUACUGGAAGUUCAUGAAGAGGAAACAAAUGAGUUAAUAAAACGUAUACAAUCUCCUGAAUUUAUGCAGAGACUUAUGGAGACUAUGCUUCAUAAAAGUAAAAUUUAAAGUAAAAUAAUUCAUUAUGUAAUUAUAUUCAUAUACUUCAGUAAAAAAAAAUACAAAUGUU